AUGAAAGAGGUUAUGAAGAGAUCCAGCAAACUCUCGGCAGUAAGGGAUAUCCUUUUCAAAUAUAUUCUUGGAUCUCCGGUUGUUAGGGUCAUUAUUCUUCCUGUGAUUGCAAUAUUACUAGUAGCAGGAUAUGGAGAAAUAUUCAUUACAGAAAUUCUGAAUGAAAUCCAGGAGAAGGCUGAUGAGACAGAGGCUGUGAACGGAAAAAUCAAGGUAUAUUUAGCAGUAGCUCUUUCUUCCUAUGUGUUUGGAUUUGUUUCUCUGUUUGUGAUGUCUAGCUACAUAGAAACUAUAUGUAGAGACUACAUUAUAGAUCUGUAUAGGGAGCAUAUAUCCAUGUCGUUUUUAGAUUUCAAAAAGAUAGGGGUGGGAGACAUGAUUUCAUUCAUGAAUAGGAAGGUCUUGUCUCUACGAGAUGUCUUGGAAUCGAUUAUAAAGUGCUUUAUAAUGAGUCUGUUCUGUGUACUGAUAACGGUGAUUAAAAUCCGAAGUGGGAUUGAGAAUCGCUAUGGGUUGCUCAUGGCAGGAGUUGUGAUUGUCUAUGGAGUAUGUGUCAUCGUCUUAAACCACUAUCGAAACAUCAUCAGACUGAAGAUGAACAAGGAGAUUGACCUGUCGAAUAGGAAAAUCUACAACAGCAUAUUGAAUUAUGACAUUAUAAAAUCAUACAAUAACGAAGAGCUAGAGGCAAACGAGCUGUACAAAUGUAUGAAGGGCCAAACAAAAUAUGCCAAGAUAUAUUGGAGCUGGUUGCAGGUUGGAAACUUUAUUGGAGAGAAUAUGUUUGUCAUAGCAAUGUUUAUAAUGACUGUUCGAUUUUCAAAUGGAGAUACGAAGAAUAUUGGCUUUCGAGACUAUACCUUGAUAUUCUCACUAAGUAACCAGCUUCGAAUGUAUUGUGUCGACAUAAGCAACAGCUUUGGAAUGAUUCUAUUGAAUCUUACAAACAUAGCACAGAAUAGAAGCGAGCCGAGUAGGGAGGACAUACAGGAAAUCGGGUACUACAAGGAGAACUUAGAAAGAGAGAUAAAAAUUGAGGGGUUGGAGAUAUCGAUAGAAGGCAAGAAGCUGAUAAGGAAUGUGAGCAUGUGCAUAAGAAAGGGGGAGAAGAUAGGUAUAUCUGGAGACAACGGAGGGGGGAAGACUUCUUUUGCUAGAGCUCUGCUUGGGUUUCUUGACUAUUCUGGGAGCAUUCAAAUCGACGGUAUGGAGCUCAAUGGUUUGAGCAAAGAGGGGCUCCGUAAGAUGAUAGCGUACUCGCCUCAAGAAUCGCAGCUGUUUAACAAAUCUGUCAUUGGCAACAUAAGGGAUGGGAACUCACGUUUGAGCGAUGAGGAGAUUGUGGAAUUCUGUAAAAGGUAUGAGCUGGAUGGGGUAUUUAAAAACCUUGAUGGAGGGUAUCAAACCCUUGUUGGAAAUGGAGGUAACAGACUGAGUGGGGGACAGAAACAAAAGGUCAGUAUGAUGAGGACAGUUGUCAAAGAUGCAUCUAUAUAUAUAUUUGACCAGGUGACUUCUCACAUGGAUAAAGAGUCUGAGAAUAGAUUAGUUGACAUGAUUAUGAAGAACCUCUCGGACAAAACUAUUAUAAUGAUAAUGCGGAAUUCGGACCUGUUAAAUAAGUUCGACAAGGUGUAUCAUUUCUCAGACGGAGUAUUGUUUAGUUGA